UCUUUUUCCCCACUGUCAGGUAGCUGAGAGGGAAUUUGUUUGUCCAAAGAACUAGUAGACAUGGAUAUGGCAGACUAUAGCGAUGCCCUGGACCCAGCCUACACCACCCUGGAGUUUGAAAACAUGCAUGUGCUCUCCAUGGGCUCAGACUCCUCGCCGGCUGAGAGUGCCAACAUGAAUGCAGCCAACCACCUCGGAGUGGGCACCCUGUGUGCCAUCUGUGGGGACAGGGCCACGGGCAAACACUAUGGGGCCUCCAGCUGUGACGGCUGCAAAGGCUUCUUCCGUCGGAGCGUUCGUAAAAACCACAUGUAUUCAUGCAGGUUCAGCAGACAGUGCAUUGUGGACAAAGACAAGAGGAAUCAAUGCAGAUACUGUCGAUUGAAGAAAUGCUUUCGAGCUGGCAUGAAAAAAGAAGGUAUACAAUUCAUUCAACUUCAUUCAAAUGCUGUACAAAACGAGAGAGACAGAAUCAGCACUAGGAGAUCUAGCUAUGAAGACAGCAGUUUACCAUCUAUCAAUGCACUUAUCCAGGCAGAUGUACUCUCAAGACAGAUAUCCUCACCUGGACCUAUACUGAAUGGUGACAUCAGGACAAAAAAGAUAGCGACCAUCACAGAUGUGUGUGAAUCAAUGAAACAGCAGCUGCUGGUGUUGGUGGAAUGGGCCAAGUACAUCCCUGCGUUCUGUGACCUGCCACUGGAUGACCAGGUGGCAUUGCUGCGAGCCCAUGCAGGAGAGAAUCUUCUUAUUGGAGCUGCAAAGAGGUCUAUGUUGUACAAGGACCUCCUGUUACUAGGAAAUGACCACAUUAUUCCCCGGAACUGCCCGGAGAUGGAAGUGUCCCGGGUAGCAGUGAGGAUUCUGGACGAGCUAGUGCUGUCCUUCCAGGAACUCCAGAUAGAUGACAAUGAAUACGCUUGUUUGAAAGCCAUUGUUUUCUUCGAUCCAGAUGCCAAAGGUCUGAGUGACCCAGGUAAGAUCAAGCGGAUGCGGUACCAGGUUCAGGUCAGCCUAGAGGACUACAUCAACGACCGGCAGUAUGACUCCCGGGGACGCUUCGGAGAGCUGCUCCUGCUGCUGCCCACACUACAAAGCAUCACCUGGCAGAUGAUCGAACAGAUACAGUUUGUCAAACUCUUUGGCAUGGCCAAGAUUGACAACCUGCUCCAAGAGAUGCUCUUAGGAGGUUCUGCUAAUGAGGCACAUCACACACCUCACUCUCUGCAUCCACAUCUGGUUCAGGAACACCUCAGCAACAAUGUCAUCGUUUCAAGCAACAUGGCUACUUCCAUCCACAAUGGCCAAAUCUCCACUCCUGGAACCCCAAUCCCCUCUCCUCCCACAGCCUCCAGUUCAGAACACUAUAAGAUGGCUCAAGGGGUUAUAGCCACUGUGCCCAAGCAUCCUAUCUCCAUCCCUCAGCUCACCAUCACCAAGCAAGAAGCCAUCUAACACAGAACUGGACCCCACAAACCCAUCCGACAAAGCAUUUACAAUUUUACCAUCUUCGCUAGCAUCUCUGUUUCUCUGUAAACAUGCUCAGUAUAAAGGUGCAACAACAAUUCUCACAUGUGAGAAAUACAUAUUUUCAAAAAAUCUCAGGGAGUGUACUAUACAGUUGGGAUACAUUAAUAAACUAACCCCCACCUGACGUACAGUACCUACGGUAGGCCUACUCAUAUUAUUGCAUGUAGUAUCAAGCUGAAAUUGCAAACGGCUAGAACAACCUCAUUCAUGGGCAAUAUGAUACAGUAUGCUCUUUGACAUACAGUACCAGUCAAAAGUUUGGACACACCUACUCAUACUAAGGGUUAUUCUUUAUUUUUACUAUUUUCUACAUUGUAGAAUAUUAGUGAAGACAUCAAAACUAUGAAAUAACACAUAUGGAAUCAUGUAGUAACCAAAAUAGUUGAUGACAGCUUUGCACACUAUUGGCAUUCUGUCACGCCCUGACCUUAGAGAGCCUUUUUAUUUCUCUAUUUGGUUAGGUCAGGGUGUGAUUUGGGUGGGCAUUCUAGUUUGUCUGUUUCUUUGUUGGCUGAGUAUGGUUCCCAAUCAGAGGCAGCAGUCUAUCGUUGUCUCUGAUUGGGAAUCAUACUUAGGCAGCCUUUUUCCCACCUGUGUUUGUGGGUAAUUAUUUAUUUUCUGUGUGUGCCACGGUUGCGUCACGUUCGGUUUCUGUGUACCUAUUUUUUGCGAAGGUUGCACUUUAUUAAAGAUGUGGAAUAACCCACCACAAAAAGACCAAGCAGCGUGCGCCAACUUGGAGGACGAGCUGGACCGGGGAGGAGAUUAUGACAGGAAGUUUGAAGACGGUGAACGUGACACAUUCGCUCAACUAGCUUUACUUGGAAUGCUUUUCCAACCAUCUUGAAGGAGUUCCCACAUAUGCUGAGCACCUGUUGGAUGCUUUUUCUUCACUCUGUGGUUAAACUCAUCCAAUAACAUCUCAAUUGGGUUGAGGUCGGGUGAUUGUGGAGGCCAGGUCAUCGGAUGCAGGACUCCAUCACUCUUCUUCUUGGUCAAAUAGCCCUUACACAGACUGGAGGUGUAUUUUGUGUCAUUGUCCUGUUGAAAAACAAAUGAUAGUUCCACUAAGCACCAACCAGAUCUGAUGGUGUAUCACUGCUGUCCUUUAGUAGGGGUUUCUUUGCAGCAAUUCGACGAUGAAGGCCUGAUUCACGCAGUCUCCUCUGAACAGCUGAUGUUGAGAUGUGUGUUUCUUGAACUCUGUGAAGCAUUUAUUUGGGCUGCAGUCUGAGGUGCAGUUAUUCUAAUUAAUUUAUCCUCUGCAGCAGAGGUAGCUCUGGGUCUUCCUUUCCUGUGGCGGUCCUCAUGAGAGCCAGUUUAAUCAUAGCGCUUAAUGGUUUUUGCAACUGCACUUGAAGAAACUUUCAAGGUUCUUGAAAUGUUCUGCAUUGACUGACCUUCAUGUCUUAAAGUAGUGAUGUAUUGUCGUUUCUCUUUGCUUAUUUGAGCUGUUCUUGACAUAAUAUGGACUUGGUCGUUCACCAAGUAGGGCUAUCUUCUUGCCCACCCUACCUUGUCACAAUACAACUGAUUAGCUCAAACGCAUUAAGAAGGAAAGAAAUUCCACAAAUUAAAUUUUAACAAGGCACACCUCAUUCCAGGUGACUACCUCAUGAAGCUGGUUGAGAGAAUGCCAAGAGUGUGUGCAAAGCUGUCAAGGCAAAGGGUGGCUACUUUGAAGAAUCUCAAAUAUAAAAUAUAUUUUCAUUUGUUUAACACUUUUUUGGUUACUACAUGAUUCCACAUGUAUUAUUUAAUAGUUUUGAUGUCUUCACUAUUAUUCUACAAUGUAGAAAAUUGUGAAAUUAAAGAAAAACCCUUGAAUGAGUAGGUGUCCAAACUUUUGACUUGUACUGUAGCUGUACAGGUUAUCCAUGUCUUUAUACACAGAGUUCAAAUUAUGAAUUGGUAAAUAAAACAUAACUGAAUACAUGUUAGAUAGGUUUUCUUAAUCACAUUUAAAUUGUAUGAAUGUUACAAACAGGCCUUAUAUCUGUGAUGAGGCAGAUCAUGAUGUUGGUGUUACACAGUAUUUUAAAGAUUGUUGUCAAUGGCAAUACAAGUCUUGUAUAGAAAUAAGAAUACAAUGAUAUUAUCAUGUUUUUAAAUAAUGUAAUUAUGUGACCGAUAGAAAUAUACAGGUAUGAUAGGCAGUCAAUUGUUUCUGAAAAGACAUCUUUAGCUUUUUAAAGUUAUCUUGUACUUGCUGUAUGACAAUUGUGUUGCAUUGAAAUUCAGGUUUAAGAUAUCCCUGUCUAUAUGCACUGGAAAUCGUUAGUUUUGUAGUAAAAUGCUUAAAUGUUUGAAUUUAAACAGCUCAGUUAAUUUAAUACCAGGGUUGGGGAGUAACGGAUUACAUGUAAUCCGUUACAUGUAAGAGAUUACAAAAAACCUGUAACCCGUUACGUUACAAGCAAAAAUAUUGCAAUCAGAUUUCAGACAUUUUUGGAAAAACUAGAUGCUUACUUCAAACAGGAUGAUUGCGAUUUUUUUUGACACUUCUGUUUUCUUAAUGACAUUCAUAUCAGCAUUGAAAAAAGGCGCCCAUUUAAAUUUGUUCCACCUGAGCGAGUCUGACCACAAAUCAGAGAUCACUAUGAUGACACACCAAACGUGUUUGAUGGAUCGCAGGAAAAGAGCAGGAAUGGGCUUUUGUAGGCUACAGUCCAAGCUAUGUCUUCCAAUGGUGCGACUGCUGUCUGCAUCCAUAGAUUAUUAAAUUUGAAUAAAUGCUUGGAGGUAAGGAUGACAGCAGUGGUGUAGUCUACUGCGAUACGGAUAUAAUUGACUAUUGAUAUCUACAUAGCGCAUUGAUGUGAAUCACACUCCCUGCUCUCUCAUUUAGCUAUUUGCGCCUUACGGAUUGUAGUUGUUGUUGAAUGGCUGUUCACAAAUCAAAAUGUAUAUUUGAACACAAUAGUGGUUGAAUUCAACAAGUUUAAGCUGCCUAUCAAUCAUUGUUUUUGAAACCAGUGGACAGCCAGUGAAAAAUGCGCUCUUGCAACAGCUGCAUAGUGCUGAUCCCAGCCUAUGGAACAAAAGUGGGGCUUUUAUUAAUCAAUCUAAUUCAUGCUGAUAAAAACAGACAUCCAUAGUCCUAAUGGACACAUGCUCAAACUCACACAUUUUUGAUAGACUUAAAGAAGCAAUCUGUAGUUGCUACAUCCAUUUUUGGAUUUAUAAACUAUAUAUAUUAAUGUAAAGAUAUAAUUUAAUCAUAUUAUUAUAUGUAGUAGAAAGCAAUGGGUUAGAAGAAGCCUUCAUAACCAACCCAUAAAGUAAAAUGUUAAAAUCCAUGUAUGACCAGUUAUGUAAACUUUAACAUUGAUUUAUCCUGCAAUAGGCAUUCACAGGUUGAUGAAUUCAUAAUGUUUUACCCAUUCCAUUUUUUCUUCUUCAGUUUUACUGUAAAGACCUUGUAGUGUUUUUUUUUAUACCAUAGAAUGUUAUUUUGUGAUGGUAUUAUAACUACAUGACAAAAUACAUGGUGCCUUGUCAUCUGUACCGCCUUGUACUGCAAAGAUUGGCAAUAUGUUUCACCUUACAAUGUGAAGAGGAAUAAAAUGUCAAGGUUUAUUUUUA